CAUACACGUCCGAUUACACGUCUAUUUAGUCACCAAGGGGCAUGACAGAGCUCUCGGUCGCUGAAAUCAAGCACACACAUUGGAACAGCAACGUGUAUGAGCCCUCAGAUGACACAUUCCUGCUAGUGGAUGUGCUCCAGGAGUAUGCUCGCAAAUGGGAGAGCAACAAGCCAAGAUGUUGCCUGGAGUUGGGCUGCGGCAGUGGCUUCGUCAUCACAUCGCUAGCGCUGCUCCUACGGCAGCUGUCCUUGCCGGUGCGGGCGCAGCUGCUGGCCAUUGACCACAGCCCCGCAGCCGCGGAGGCCACUGCACAGACGCUGCAUUCCCACCAGGUGGGGGAUGUGGAGGUGGUGAUAGCAAGCCUCUUCGGGCCGCUGCUGGACCGUUUGCAAGGCUGCGUGGACGUGCUGCUGUUCAACCCGCCGUACGUGCCCACACCCGACGAGGAGGUGGAGGGCCGCGGCAUUGCCUCGGCGUGGGCGGGCGGCUGGAAGGGCCGCCGUGUCAUAGACAGGGUCCUGCCACUGCUUCCCAAGCUGCUGUCGCCAACUGGGGAGCUCUUCAUGGUCACGGUGACGGAGAAUGAGCCCAAGGGCAUCAUAGAGGAGAUGAAGGCCCAUGGCUUUCAGGGUCGGAUAGCAGGCAGCCGGCAGGCGGACGAGGAGACCCUUUCCAUCGUCCAUCUGUGGCGGGAACCGCCGAUCACCGCAUAAAUAACAUUUAGAAGCAGAGCGUGCGUGACUUUGUGAGGGCUAGAGUCGGGCAUGGGAAGCACUGCAGGUGGUUUGCCGCCGCGCCUGUGUGCACGGGCGCCUCUGCGGCGCGACUGCCAUUUACGAUUUGCCCGCGCCAUAAUGGCCAGGAGAGGUAUUAGCAGAUGGCGGCGGUGACUGUGGCGGAUCAAGUAAAAGCGCGGCAAGAAGCAGGACAGGCAUCCGUUGUCCAGGUGGUAGCAGGUGGCUGUGGUGACUCAGGGACCGGAACUGCCACACGUGCUGGGUGGCGCCAGUCGUACUACCUCUGUGAGUGUAGGGCCGGUCGGUGGCUCAUUAUAUGUCGUGGUGCGCAGUAGUAUGCUGGUCAGUCUGGGUCGCCAUUGGAUGCCAGCUAGAGACUGUGCAUAGCCGUGCAGCGUGCCAGGUGUUGGAUUACCAGCGCUGUUGAGACUGCGCGCAGGCAGCGGGUGAAUGUGGUCGGUUGCCAUGUUGCUCAAAUGCACAGUUAUCGUAAGUUCGUAAUGGCAGCGUGGGCCGACGUGAGUAGCAGUACGAUUGCAUACGCGGCCGCAAAGGAAGCCGCUUGGCAGGGCGAACCAGGAGGCGGCAUGUUGCAAUGGAUGGCAGGGUUGAUACUACGCUGUGUCA